UCAGAUCUGCUCUUUGGCAUGGGACUAACAGAUGACUGGGCAGCACCCAACGGCUGGACGAGGGCUCUUUGCCGGCCUUCAAGAUGUGAAGCACUAUAAUGUCGACCAUGGCUGGGCCAAGCGCAGCCAGGAUCAAUCAAGGGGGCUGUUUAGUUUCCUGUGGAGUCGGUUUACGGGAGGAGCAUAUCGUCCCCCGACGGAUUCAUAAGCUGGGAU